AUGGCCGCGAAGACGGCUCUUCUCGUUCUAGCGACGACGCUCGUCGCCGCGACACCGGUCGACCCGGAGAAGACGGAGGCGCUCCGCUUUCUGCGAGCGUACGGUUUUCUGAGGGACGACGGGGGAUCACUGUCGUCCGCCAACGCGACGUCUCUGCGUCGCGCGCUGUCGCUGUUUCAAGAAUAUUAUCAAUUACCUAGUAAUGGAGCGUUAAACAUCGAUACGCUCAAUCUUAUGCGCAAACCGCGAUGCGGUCUAGCGGACAUACCCAAUCGCGCGUACAGCCCAUUCGCGAGAAAGUGGCCGAAGACGCGCCUAACGUGGAAUUUUCAAGUGGCUAGCGAGGAACUCUUACGAACGACCGAAGCGGCGUUCGCGCUAUGGGCGACGAGUUCGUCGUUAAGGUUCGCGCGCGACUCGUUACAUCCCGAUAUAUUGAUAUCGUAUCGAACGGGCGCUCACACUUACGCGAACGUCGAAAACGGCGACGUCUGUCCGGCUGUCUUCGAAGGUCCGGACGGGGCCCUCGCUCACGCGUUCCUCCCCAUCGGAAUGGCCGAUUUCUCCUCGGAGGUGCACGUCGACGACGAGGAACCGUGGCACGUGCACUUGAACAAGAAUCCUUCUAACAAGUAUCAUCUACUUCUAACGUUAACUCAUGAAAUCGGUCACACCUUAGGUCUGCAACACAGUAUGCGCAACGACUCGGUGAUGUUUCCGUAUAUACCCGACAACGAGCUUCAAUAUCCGGUCAAGCUAAGCGUGGAGGAUAUUCUCGCUAUACAGAAUCUGUACGGAUCUCGCGACGACGGGGAUCACCCCGCGAUUCCCGCGACCACCGCGACACCCGUUACCACCGCGGCGCUCGCGACGACCGAUCUCGCGUCGACCGAUCCGUCGCGCGCGGAUCUUUAG